AUGUCUCAACGUCAGCUUCGAGGCAUCCGCUUGACCGCGGUCUUACCCGGUUUCCCUUCGCAGCCGUCGAAUUUCAUCACCCCAGCAUCACGCGAAGAAGCGGCCUGGUCGUCCGUCGGAGCCGGGAAAGAAAUCCUGUUCAGUGAGCUCGAGAGGCUGUACUGGGAAGGGGUGAAGGAGGAACUCGAAAACAUUAUCCGCACGUUGAAAGUAUGGCAGCAGCCGGAAUUUGCUGACAUUGUCGUGGCGGACGAGACAGAUGACUUUGUCCAUGGAUUUGACACGUUUCUUGACCAGGUUGGCCAGGAGGCGCGGGCAUUUGCUAUCAGACGUGUCCAAGAAAGAGAAGCUGAAGCGCAAAAACAAGACCACAUGUCCUCUCAGGAGAGUCACACAAAUGCUCUAAGAAAAACCAUGAUGGACAGCAAGGCCGAGCACAUUAGUUCUAAAAUCAAGUCUUCAGUAAGACAAGCUGUUAAUGAUAUACCCAGACUCUCUGGACUUGAACAACGAGCAUGGGUACUACUUCAGGCCACCGGAUUCCUCGAUAUCGAAAAGCUGAUCGAACAUCGCCCACCGCUGAAUAAACUUGGAUUCUGGAAGAGACCAGCCAUCCCUCAGCAAGUUGCUCUCUCAAAGUUCGACCACCUUUGGAUACCCAGGUUCCAGCCCAUGCAUUGCGCAAGACCGGAGUGCAAGAGCAUCAUCCGAGGAAGCAUGUUUAUCUCUCACAGCCAUGAUGAUCCUAGCGUUGUCUGCGAAGGAUGCUACCGACUUUAUUACUACGGUAAAGAAUCAUAUGUCAAAGCCUACAAGCACUGCAUCCUUCAACAGUCAAUCACUCCGGAUAUAAGCAGGAAUAUCUGUCGCUGUAGCACAGUCCCCCGCUAUGACAACUCAGGAAGGCCGUUAGCACUGUUUCCGGUCGAUAAAAAUGUCAAGCAUCUCGACGUUGGGGGAUUCGGGACCAUCCAGUGCAGUCUUCUAAAGCUUGGGGAGCUCGUCGCUCGUGCCAAGUACGACGGCCUACAGUCAACUGUUGGGAUCAAGAAGGCCAAGCCCAUGCCGACGUUCUCGAAAUUCAGCAUUGAGAAUAUCGCGGCUAAUACUAUGCAGAACAGGACACAGAAGCAGGCUGGACAGAAACAAGAAAAGAUGAAGCUGGUGACAGGAACCAGUCUCCAUGACUCACAGAAAAGCUCGGCUACGUCAAGUUCAACCAGUGUGGUCACGGAGGCACAGGCUGACACGGACAUUCCCCUCUUCUUCAGAAAGUUCACUAACAAGUACCCCUUUGGGAACGUCCAUAUGGCACUGCGUGUUGGACCAAUAGUUAUUGAAAACGGCGUAGCACACACCAAGGGAGGCGCGCUCGUCACCCUGCGCGAGGUGCCUAUCUUUCACGAGCGGUUUAGAUUUUCCAACGGUCGGCGCCGAAGCCUCGCAAUUGCAGGGUCUCCUGACAGGACGGUGUGGCAACAAAUGCGGCCGGUAACGAACCAUACAAAGAGAUAUAAGGCAAUAAUGAAACAAGUGGUCGGAGCGCCUUUCAGCGGGCUCCUCUCACAAAGUGACGAGCUCGAUAUUGUCCGAGACAUUCUGACAGCUAGCCGGCGGCCAUUCGAUAACCACGGCCUGCCGGCUUCAGACAAGCAGAGGAUCCUGGAUUCGGCUCUCGAGCCAGUGUUGCAGAAGGUCAAGAAACUCCUGAAAAGUCGAGUGAACAUCUAUCUCGACAGUAUCACGAAGCGAUUAUUGGACCCUACCGUGAAUAUCAAAUGGAGCGCCACGACAAACAACUGCCAAAACUUCUGCAACUCCCUCGUUAACACCAGCAUCUUCGAACCACUGGUCAGGGGCCCCGCCAAUAUCGAAACUGCAGAGCACGAGCCGCUGUAUUUGAUGAGUUUUAUGUGCCCUGACGAGGGAUACAUGCAGCGAGGCGUUAAGACGAAAUUUGACGUCCCCAGCGGGCUGACAGAGGAAUAUCUGCUCCGGUUCCACUUCGGCCGGCACGAUGAGGCCGAUAUCAUCGACACGUUUCAGGAAUACUGGUACGACUGGGGCGCGUUCGGGGGGCCUCUGUAUAAAUACCAGAACAUUUUCCCUUGGGACUGCACGGAAGCCUAUGGUCGUUAUCCAACCCGCUGCGGCGAGUGCAACAUGUCAAAGCACGUCUGGGCCUUCCCUUUUGACUCAUGGUCUAUGGUUUCACACCACCUUGCCCGCGACCGGCACAUGUACGCCCCUGCAACUCUGUCUGAAAGCCUCACCGACACAGGGCCCUGCACCAAGCUGCAGGCCUGGAUGCGCAACCGGCUGACCGUGCUCUGCGCAUCAGCGGUGCUCUGCCGGGCCGCCACCGCCAUGUCCCGGACGGCGUCCUUCCGCUCUUCUACAGAAUGGCUGCACUCAUCCUCCAGGUCAAGGCUACGGGUACAGUACCCGUCCCUGACCCGUGUCAAGCUAGGCGGCAUCCACCGGGCCCAGCCAUUCAGCCACUACUUUGAAGCUGGGACUUACAAGCACUACUUCCUGGCAGAGUGGGCGCUAUUGUCGCGGCCCGAGCAGGUCGCUGCCUACGAGCUGAUACGAGACGGCCGCACCCGGCUGCUGGAUGUACCGGCUUCGGGCGCGGGCCGGUUCUCGACACCCUCGACGGAGAGGAGCGAGAGAUUCCUCGGGUUAUACGGGUUCGAUGGGUUCGACGGGUUCGACGGAUUUGGCGGGAUUGGACAGACGGACAUAUCCGAAUCCAUGGCCAUUGUCUUUACCGACGCCGGCUUCUCAGACGAUGGCUCGGCGCCCGACAAAACAGAUGGUGCCCCGGCGUGCGCACUUGUGCAGGAGGCGGCGGCGGAUUCGGAGGGGGUUGCGGAGCUGGUGGCGGAAGUUGCGGAGGAGGCAGCGGAGGUGGCGGAGGAGGUUGCGGAGGAGGCAGCGGAGGAGGCAGCGGAGGCGGCGGAGGAGGUUGCGGCGGAUUCGGAGGAGGUUUCUGAGGAAGAGGUGACGGCUAUGAGAUUAGACCUGGUUCAAGUUCGAUUUAGAAUACCAAGUUCCAAGGCCACCUGCAGUACCUAUUUGUCCGCCUGGAAGACCGACAGUGUCGAUGGCUCAAACGACACAUUCGAGGAAGGGAAGAGUGAUUAG